GUCGCCUGCCACCGCCAACGGGGAGACAUGACCGAGUUUGAGGACUGCAGCCACAGUGCAGCCAACAUGUAUCUGCCGGGGUGUGCUUAUUACGUCUCCCCUUCGGAUUUCUCCACGAAGCCCUCGUUCUUGUCGCAGUCGUCUUCCUGUCAAAUGACUUUCCCUUAUUCUUCUAAUUUACCUCAUGUGCAACCUGUGCGGGAAAUGGCAUUCAGGGAAUACGGAUUAGAGCGCAGCAAAUGGCAGUACAGGGGCAGUUAUGCUCCCUAUUACUCCGCCGAGGAGGUGAUGCACAGGGACUUUCUGCAGCCCGCGAACAGGAGGACGGAAAUGUUAUUCAAAACGGACCCUGUGUGCAAUCACCACGGACCCUCCGGCGCUGCCUCCAACUUCUACAGCUCGGUGGGGAGGAACGGGAUCCUUCCGCAAGGCUUUGACCAGUUUUACGAGCCGGCCCCUGGCCCUCCGUACCAGCCCCAGUCCGAGCCCGAGGGGGACGGCGACAAGAGCGACCUGAAGGCUCAGAGCAGCACUUGCAGUAAAACACCUUCCAGCCAGGAGAAGAAAGUGACACCAGCAAACAGCGCCGAUUCCCCUUCUGGCGAGGCUGUUGCAGAGAAGAGCAACAGUUCAGUUCCUCAGCGAUCAAGGAAAAAGAGAUGCCCCUAUACCAAAUACCAGAUAAGAGAACUGGAACGUGAGUUUUUCUUCAACGUGUACAUAAACAAAGAGAAGAGACUGCAGCUGUCCAGAAUGCUGAACCUCACUGACCGGCAAGUUAAAAUCUGGUUUCAGAAUCGAAGGAUGAAAGAAAAGAAACUGAACAGAGAUCGACUCCAAUAUUUCACUGGGAAUCCCUUGUUUUAAAAGAAAUCAGAAAGGGGGGAAAAAGAGAGAAAAAUAACAAGAAAAGAAAACCUCUGCCUCUCUAGCCAAGCUGCCAUCUGAACGCAAAAGUAAAUGGGUUUCCAUGACACAUCCACCCUGCGGAACUCAAAGUUUCCUUUUCAUGUUCAACUCUGGUUCCUUCCAACAAUCAUGUCCACUGGAGAUUUCGGGGGCUUGGCGGAGCACAAUCCUGCUAAGGGGAACCUAGGGUAAAUCCAAAAAGUCCAUUCUAAAAUGUUGAUCGCCAAAGGUGUUUUUUUCCCUCCCUCUCUCUUCCCCCGCCCCCCCCCCUUUUUUUUCUCUCUGUCUAUCUCUCUUUCUCAUAGUGAGUGACACCACUGGACCUGCAGUGUGUCUGGUAGUUUUUGCUUUAAAAAACAAGUGAGUUUGGGGAUAUUUUCUGUUGUUGGUUUCAGCUAGGAUAACCCUUUUCUCCCUUUAAAUGAAUGCAGUUUAUUUAAAAGACGGUAAAUGUACAUUCGAUAUAAAUCUAUAUAAAUAUAUAUAUAUAUAUAUGUUUCUAUUGUCAUAUAAACGCAUGAGCCACUGUCUUUUUCAUGUGAAUAAAGGGUUUCUAGUAAAGUUCAGGUUAUAUCUUCCGUGCACUGUAUGGAUUUCAGUCUCUGAAGGAUCAUAGCGUUCACCGGGCUAGAGCCAAGUCCCAUUAAAUAAAAAUGGAGGAAGCCAAGUCAAAUUAUUUUCAACGGAUUUAAAAUUAACCUUAGUUUGGAGCUCUGACUCCUGUGUUUUUAGCUAUGUGUAGCCCUCAGGGAUAGCCCUGAAGUGGAAGGAAGAUCAAACAUGGCUGUCUGCAGCCCAUCACUUCUGAUGGUGCCAUAAUUCCUAUACAUAACGAAAAAAGCCUUUUUAACAGGUCAGACUUCUGAGAAGCCCAGGACCCAAAGCUCAGACGAAAGCUUCCUUGUCAGUGAGGGUUAGGUCAGCACGAGGACCCUGAGCAUUUCCAACCACAGGCAGCCAGAAACAUUUGUAGCUGUUCUUUUCUUAAAGAAGUUUAGGAAAACGAGAGUAAAUAUUUGAAAGACCGUUUUUACCCAGUCGAUGCUAGUAUCCUAUUUUUAACCGCAAAAAUGAGACUAGCUCCCUAAAAAAGAACCGGCCUCGUCUUUAUGUUUAAAGUAAAAGGGUUUGGUGGAAGUCUCUCCUCACUUUAUGUUGCGUGACCUGGCUAAGCUGUUUACAAAACCUUGAACUGUCUAGACAACACCAUAAAAGCCGAGGAUCUAAACAGCUUAAUUGGGUUAUAUUAUACACCUUCUGGUGGGGGAAAAAGAGAUUUCCGCAAUGUGCAAUAAAGGAAAGGAGUGAGAAAAGAAUUUGGCUUUUUGAAUGGAACCGAGUGGGUCUCAUUACACUUGGCUUCUAGUAAAGGCAAAAGUAGGCGAGUAAGUAAAAAAAAGACCCCAAAUUAACCCCCUCCCCAAAGAUGAAAUCGCAGGGAAGGAUCAGUAAAAAUAAAAAUUGAAACUCUUUAGCAAGAAAAACAUAAGUGUCUGCCUUUGAACUUCCAAAAUGUCAAGGUCAUCACCUUUAACCUUUCUGAAUAAUUAGGCGCCUUAAGGUUCCUCUGUUAUUUUCAACCACCACCCACUCUCUCUCUUUCUCUCUGUCUCCCUCUCUCUCAUACACACACAUCCACACCACACACACACACACCACACGCGCGCGCACACACACACGCACACUUAUUACUGCAUAGCUAUCCAUAUUAGCAGAUGCAUCACGCAAAGACAAUGUCAACUGUCAUUGUGAAUAUUUCCCCGUCACUUCAAGU